CGCCCCAUGAGAUGGCAGCAGCAAAGGGCAGAAAUAUGACUAAAACGCCGAACGCUGUUGAGAAGUUGUAAACUUCAGCAGGUGCGUUUGUCUCCCCGGUCUCAUUUAAAUAUUAAAGGCAUAAUGUAAACUUUAUGAUCUAUCAACACUAACAUUCAGUCCAUAAUGAGCACAGUCGGAGAAAACCAGCUUCAGAGGAUCAUCAGAGAUCUGCAUGAUGCAGUUUCUGAGCUGAGCAAGGAGCAUUGUGACACCGAAGAGCCCAUCACCGAUGACAGCUCCAGCCUUCACAAGUUCUGUUUUAAACUGGAGUACCUGCUGCAAUUUGACCAGAAAGAGAGGACCACAUUUCUGGGCAGCAGGAAAGACUACUGGGAUUAUUUCUGCGACUGCUUGGCCAAGAUUAAAGGAGCUAAUGACGGCAUUCGCUUUGUCAAAUCAAUCCCUGAGCUGAAGACUUCGUUAGGGAAAGGACGGGCUUUCAUCCGUUACUGUCUGGUGCAUCAAAGACUUGCAGACACUCUUCAGCAAUGUCUCAUAAACCUCAAAAUCACAAGUGAAUGGUAUUAUGAGCGCAGUCCAUUCCUGAAGUCCCAUCUGAAUAUUGAUAUCAUCAACCACCUGUAUGAACUCAAUGAGGUUCAGUUUGAUGUAGCAUCCCGAGGUUACGACCUGGACUCUCAGUGGCCCACAUUUGCAAGAAGGACUCUGGGAUCAGCCGUCUCGCCCCAUGUCUGGAAACCACCCAGUCGCUGCUCUAGUGUCAACAGUCUGGUCAGCAGCUACACACAGCAAGUUCAGGACUUCCUUCCUGGUCAAGAUUUUGGUUCCAGUCUUCUAGGUGAUCUCGGAGAGCUAGGCGAGCUGACAUGUAGCACUUCCGAGGACCUGCGUAUUGAGCUUGACCAAUCAGAGUUAAAACAGCAACAGCUCCAGGAGAAAAUCCAACUGCUCACCGAUGAAGCAGCUGAUCUGAGGGUUGUUAUCAAAGACCUGCAGGAACAGCUCUUGGCUAAAGGUUCCGAUCAAGAGAAAGCAGGAGAACAGCAGCAGGAGGUGGUGAAAGCUGUCAGAGAGUGCACUGACCGUCUCAGUACCACCACACAGGGGCUGGAGGCUCUGAGGACUUCAGAACGCAACCUCGAAGCCAAGCUGAGUGUUGCAGAGAACUGGAAUAUGGAGCUGCUGGCAAAACUUGACGGAGCUUUAAGUGAAAAAGGACAGCAGGCUGCAAACUACUGUGAUUCAGCUUGGAAGAUACAGGAACUCCUGACCAAGCUUAAGGAGGCAGAGCAGGAGAGGAUUGAGGCUAAACGAGAAAGCGAAGACCGGGCUAGAAUUGCUGAGAGACUUUCUCAGGAGAUAAAGCUUCAGGAGGGGAAACUCAAAGAGAUGGAAGGCAAUCUGGACAUGUGUAGAGUCACAGCUGAUAAAGAACGAACAACUGCAACGCAACAGGCUGAUGAGCUGCAGAUGACCAUUAACCGCCUACAGGGAGCGUUAUCCCUGAAGGAAAGAGAAACAGGGAACCUGCGAACUCAACUUCAAGAUGUGCAGAAAGCACUGGAAGCCCAGCAGGAUCAAAUGGAGGAGCACAUGAAAAAGAUCCAAGAGGAGAUGCAACGUAAAAGUCUACUUGAAGAGCAGCUGAAUGCAAAGAUGAAUGAGUUGUCUGUUAGUACCCAAAAGAUGCGCCAACUAGAGAACCACAACCAGCGGUUGAUUGUGGAGAGUCAGAGCUUCCAAGCACAAGCCAAGAAACUGGAAGAGUACAAAAGCCAGUGCACAAGUCUAAUGGAGAUCAAUGCCAAGCUGAUCCAGACUGUCAAAAGGAACGAAGACAGCAGCAAGGAGUUGUCAGAAAUCAAGACCACUCUAGAGAAAGAACUAAAAACCUCACAGGCUUCAGAGAGGCAACUGAGAACCAGACUCGAGUCAGCUGGACUGACAGUGGAGAGCCAAAAUCUUGAGGAGUGCAUCGAGAAUGGCCAGACGGACAAUAAAGAUGUGUUGGAAAAACUCAACGAGAGUACUACAGCCCCACAGAAGAACAAGAGGACAACUUCUGGACUCCUACAAGAAGCCAACGAAUACUCAAAAACUGAUCAUGUAGAAUCUACGACCAGGUUGGCUCUGGCUGAGGCCCAACUUGAACUCAACAUGAAGGAGGUUUCCAGACUUCAGGAUGAAGUCCUGGAGCUCCGGGCACAACUAUUGGUGAUCUCAGAGGAGAGGAUGAAAAUCCAGGCAUUGCAGGAAGUGACAGAAGCCUCUAGAGAAGAUCUCCGAGCUCAGACAGAGCAACUGAAGUCCCAAGUGGAGGAGCUAAACAGAAGGCAUGUUGAGGAGCUGCUACGUUGCCAUGAAAGAGAGGAGACUUUGGGAAAAGAGAGAGAUAUGGAGGCCAAGAUGCGUGCCGAAAUCCAAACUAGCAUGACUUCAAUGAAGGAAGAGUGUCAUGCUUUGAAGAAGCACAACAGCACACUUGCACUUGAGAAUGGAGAGGCUCGUGAAGCCUUGCACAGGGCCAACACUGAGACAGCAGAGCUCGGGGUUCAUGUUUGCAUGCUAACAGGGCAGAACGAGGAAGCUAAGCUACGAUGGGAAGAGCUUUCGAACAAACUGCAGGAGCUGCAGAUGGAGGCACAGGAAGAGGUGAAAACUUUAAGUGAUUCGAUGGAAAGCUUGAGGAAAGAUAACGCAGGACUCAAAGAGCAGGUAAAGCAGAUGGAGGGACUCCAAGAAGCCCUGCAGAAGUUGCAGGAGAAACUGGAACAGGCAGAAGACGAAGCCAGAAGUCUCCAGGAGAUCCGACAGAGGGAAGUGGACACACUUAGGUCCCAGUUGAGCGAUGAGGCCGCGCACCAUCAAAGUCAAGUCCAGGGUAUGAGUGAGGAUAUGGAUGCACUGAGAAAAAGGCUGGACAUUGAAGUUGAAAAAGUUUCAAGUCUUGAGGCCAAAGUAUUGGAGCUUGAGUCUCUAAACAGUGGGCACAGUCAGAUGAUCGAAAAGACUACUGCUCUCAUUGGUGACUCCGAAACCAUAAUUUAUCAGAAAGAGGAACAGAUUAAAAACCUCAAAGUGGACUUGUCGAGAGCCGAGAAGGAACUGGCUCUCGCUCAGCAGUCCUGUCAAGAACUGGGUGUGAAUUUAAGCAGAAGUGCAAUGGAGAAGCAAGCCGUCGAACUGAAGAUGUCUGCUGAACUAGAUGACCUUUACCGUACCAAAAAAAACCUGGAGGAGAGGCUCAUUGAGCUCAUAAGGGAGAAAGAUGCUUUGUGGCAGAAGUCUGACGCUCUGGAGUUUGAGCAGAAACGAAGAGCUGAGGAGCAGACAGACAGAGACGUCACACACUGCCUGAGCUGUAAGAGCCAGUUCAGCUGGAUGCUGCGCAGAUACAACUGCAGGUUUUGUGGACGUCCGUUUUGCUACAGUUGCUGCAGUUUUGGUGGUAAGGAUCGCUGUUGUAAGAGCUGCUCGACUCACAGUGAGCGCCACCAACAGGCGGAUCAGGGCAGUCCUUCACACUCAACCUACAGCCCAAUAUCAAGCCCUAAUCAAACCAGCACUCCAGGUGUCCCAUGGAUACUAAAGUCCCCUCGACCUGACGACAUGGCGUAUGACAUCAUCACAGAAGAUGAAGUGAACCACGUUCAUGACAGCGACUCGUCAUCCUACACCACUGCGCUUUCACCAGAGACACAACAGCUAAGCAGCAGUGAUGUCACCAGCACAGAAGAUUCAGACGAGCUGAUUGGCUCCGUUCAGGAUUCAGAGAUCUGCCUGCUGAAAUCUGGAGAAAGGACGCUGUCUGUGCCAUUCAGUGUGGAUGACGUGAUGCAUUUUGGCUGUAAAUCCAAAGAGCUGUUCAUCAAGUCCAGCUGUUACAGUGUAAUUCUCAUAAGCGCUGCACAUCCGGGCCCUUCGAUCGGCUGGACCUUCUUCUCUGAACCCAAGAGCAUCGCCUUCAGCGUGGUCUACAGAGAGACCACAGAUACGCCUCUAGAACAGGCCAAGGUUCUGAUUCCUCUGACCAGAUGUAGAUCUCACAAGGAAACAAUUCAGGGUCAGCUAAAGGUCAGAAACCCUGGACAAUACACACUUAUCUUCGACAACUCCUUCUCCAGGUUUGUCUCGAAGAAGGUCCAGUACAAGCUGAGCAUAGAGAUGCCAGAGGUCUGCAACGGAAGUGACUGCUCUUCAUAGGAAAAACAAGUCACGCACACAGACACACACACUCACACUUCUGUCUUUACCAGGUCACAGGACUGCUGGUCCAGGGUUACGGCUGCCUAAAAGCCAAAAAUGUGAUGCUGCUUUCAGUGAGUUGUUUGGUGAAUCUCACUAAAUCUGACCAGAACUGGAUCCCAGAAUCAAAUGAAAGAAAUGAUACUUUAUCAUGCGUUAAUAUAUAAAACAUAUAAUAUAUUUUAAAUAAAUAAAAUUUGAUUAUUUUUAAUGCAUUAA